AUACCCAUGAAUGUUUUCGAAUAUCGAGUAGGACAUACGGUGUGUCGAGGCUACAAGCACAUGCUACACGAAGUACAGGGUAACUUUAGAUAUUUCGUUGUGUAUUCUGUGGAGGGCAACAAUGGAUCAACCUGCCCAGCUGCAUAUUGAUGAUACGUCGCUGGACGCCAACAUGGACACACUAUUCGACGGGUUUAUCUCGGGCACGCUAACUAUUGUACCGAGCUCUGCGGCGUCAGAUCCCACUGAAUUCGGAGACCUGGCUGCCUUCCAAGCACGCAUGACUCUUCCGCCUCACCGUCGGACUCUACCGCCCGCAACCGGCGCAGCAUCACAGCGUGUCGCACAAGACUCUCAGUGUGGACAGAUUACCUCGCUGGCCCCGCAAAACGUUGCCCCAUUUGGACAGACGUGCGGUACUGUUACAGAACAGAUGCUAAUGGACAUCAUCAACGUUGUCGCCAACCCUGUGUCCUCGGGUGCCGCUGUAUCGUCAAUGCAGCCGGAUGUGGCGCAAUCUGACACCAACGACCACAACAACGACCACACCCAUGACAACACCAUGAGCAUGUCACUUAACAACUCGUACGCGGCCAUACAAAAUGGUGGUUCAACUCUACCAGUUCUUUCUCAACUAACUGAACUGGAGCAGGGUUACGACUGUCCAGUUGGGACAAAUGGGGAAUUGAUGGACACUGGUCAAGCAGGUUUAAUGUCCAGUCUAGGUCCUGACGCACUGGAGACAAUACAGUUGCAUGAUAUGGCUACGAUCGGAGAUCCCAACUGUGCUGUUGGGGAAAGCAAUAUAGACCUCGGUACCCCGGAUGCAAGUCGAUCUAUGCAGACUCGCUCCCAGACACGGAAUAGGGUUCGGAGGACGAGGUCCAGAGUCUCUGAGAGUUCCAUGGACGAAACGUCGCAAGAGUUUAAGGAACACCUGAGGACUCUUGACUCCAAGGAACGCAAGCGGGUGUUGAACCGACUGGCGGCCAAGAGAUGCAGGGACAAGAAAUACGAGAAGGAACUGGAACUUGAAGCUAAAGCCAGACAGCUCCGUGAGCAACGCAGUGAGCUUCUGAGAGUCAAGGCCCAGCUGCAAGAGGAAAGCAAAUCAAUUGCCACCAGUCUCCGCCAGCACGCCUACUGUCUGAGGCGCUAGCCUACUGUCUGUCUGAGGCGCUAGCCUUCUGUGUGGUGGUUACAGAAGUUCACAAUGACACGGUGGUGGCUCACAAGAUUCCGAUAAUGUUUGUGGUGCUGCGUAGUGAAAUCCGGAACAUCACGUGGUGGUUAACAGGACGUUCUAAAUAUUCCAUGGAUAGCGUGCGAUCUGCAUAUAUCAAGGUGGCUGGCAUGAGUGAGUGAAUUACGCCGCUUUUAGCAAUAUUCCAGCAAUAUCACGGCGGGGGACACCAGAAAUGGGCUUCACAUAUUGUAAAUAUAUGUGGGGAAUCAAACCCGGAUCUUCGGCGUGACGAUCGUGAGAUCUGCAUAUUUCAAGGUGGCUAGCAUGAGAUCUGCAUAUUUCAAGGUGGCUAGCAUGAGAUCUGCACAUUUCAAGGUGGCUAGCAUGAGAUCUGCAUAUUUCAGGGUGGUUAGCAUGAGAUCUGCAUAUUUCAAUGUGGCUAGCAUGAGAUCUGCAUAUUUCAAUGUGGCUAGCAUGAGAUCUGCAUAUUUCAAUGUGGCUAGCAUGAGAUCUGCAUAUUUCAAUGUGGCUAGCAUGAGAUCUGCAUAUUUCAAGGUGGCUAGCAUGAGAUCUGCACAUUUCAAGGUGGCUAGCAUGAGAUCUGCAUAUUUUAAGGUGGCUAGCAUGAGAUCUGCAUAUUUCAGGGUGGUUAGCAUGAGAUCUGCAUAUUUCAAUGUGGCUAGCAUGAGAUCUGCAUAUUUCAAUGUGGCUAGCAUGAGAUCUGCAUAUUUCAAGGUGGCUAGCAUGAGAUCUGCAUAUUUCAAGGUGGCUAGCAUGAGAUCUGCACAUUUCAAGGUGGCUAGCAUGAGAUCUGCAUAUUUCAAGGUGGCUAGCAUGAGAUCUGCAUAUUUCAAGGUGGCUAUCAUGAGAUCUGCAUAUUUCAAGGUGGCUAGCAUGAGAUCUGCACAUUUCAAGGUGGCUAGCAUGAGAUCUGCAUAUUUCAAUGUGGCUAGCAUGAGAUCUGCAUAUUUCAAUGUGGCUAGCAUGAGAUCUGCAUAUUUCAAUGUGGCUAGCAUGAGAUCUGCAUAUUUCAAUGUGGCUAGCAUGAGAUCUGCAUAUUUCAGGGUGGCUAGCAUGAGAUCUGCAUAUUUCAAUGUGGCUAGCAUGAGAUCUGCAUAUUUCAAUGUGGCUAGCAUGAGAUCUGCAUAUUUCAAUGUGGCUAGCAUGAGAUCUGCAUAUUUCAAGGUGGCUAGCAUGAGAUCUGCAUAUUUUAAGGUGGUUAGGAGGUGGUUAGGAGGCGACAUUACAAAGACAAUAGUUCGUGUAUGAAGCUGCGACCCUCCUGCACGGGACAAUAUUAUUUUGUAUAUCAGACGAAAGUCGCAACACUGACGCUAACAUGAUAGAUCAAUCAAAAUUGUAUCUCCAAAAACAUUUCCAUAAUCAUCAAAAUUAUGUUGCAAGGCUGUUGCUGCCUAUGCGUCAACGUGUAAUGCACGUACAAUCAUCCGUGAUUUCGGUGAUCCGUGCAACAUGUUAACGUUGUCUUGUAUUAUCUGAAUGUGUGUGUUUUUUUUAUUUAUGUGACUGAAAUAAAAUAUUCUGUUGUUCUCCUGU